AUGAAAGCUAUCACAUUCUUCUUCACAGCUAUCACACUUGGACGUUUUAGUGAUUUAAAGACAUCAGAUAAUGUUCUCUCCGUUGAGAAUGAGAAAAAAGAUAAUUUUCCAAUCAUUCUGGACAUCUCAAAUCCUGACACUGACCCGAGAUGUGAGGUCAUUGAGUAUAUAAUUGACGGAAUUCAUGCGAGACUGUACCUGCCUGGGGGCUCAUAUGUCGAUAAUCUUUACUACAAGGAGCAUCUUCUUUGGGAAAGUGAUGUCUUCGAGUCCUUAUUUAUCUACGCCAUUGUCUAUCUGGAAAAUGGAGACCCAAAGUUACUUCACGUUGUCCAUUUGGAGGAUGUACGUGUUUGUGACCUUUAUAUGAAGAGGGCAGGGAGACGUUGGUCCAAUUGCAGAAGAAAUUACGACAAUGUGCUGAGGAAUAUAAGGAAUGAAAGCUCUGCAUGCGCCUCUGGGCCCACCCACACAAAACUCCCUGCGGAACAAAUCGACGUCAAUGCAGGGUCGAAUCAAAAGAUUCGUGCCUUCAGAAGAUUUUUAUACGGCGUAGAUACACUCAUCCAUAUGCCAGUAGAGGGUCACACUUGCACAAGAGUCGUCCAUGGUGACUUUGUGUUCUGGGAAACCAGUCCUGGUUACCGUUGCCUCUUCACUCUCACUCUAUUUUCUAGGGGUGAGCCCGUAUCUGUAUACUUAUUCCUAAAGGACGAAUGCGGAAGAUCUGAACAUCACUAUCACAAAAAAUAUGACAAGUGGAUCCAUGUAGAGUUGAGCAAAUCCGGCGUUCCACACAAACUCAUCAAACCCAUGGGAAGUUCUAAAGAAGGGCCAAUCGUUCAUCAUCAAAGUUCCAACGAGGAAGAUGUGUUGGACCUCUAUCAAACUUACCAUGAAUACAGUAGUCCCGCACUUGGAAAUGUCUCUCAUAGGGUUUUUCUACCAAUGAGGGACGUUUUCAAAAAGGUCAUGUACGGAGAAACAAUAAUCUGGAAUGCACAGAAUGAAGAAUGUAUUCUUGUGGAAACAUUCUAUAGAAGAGGAGUUUACAUCGUCAAGCUUGGAAUCGAUCAUUUGUCAAAGAGUAAACAUCUCUACUUUGAACGAAUUAAUGAUGAAUUCGCAAUGUACGAACUAGAGGAACUUUUGUCGAAAUACGAGUGGCUACAAGGUAAAGAUGCGACAGUUGAUGAACUGAAUGUCAAUACCAAAGACGACUGCCAAGUAUAG